AUGACACACACAGCUUUAAAGUGCCCAGUAUGUCAUAAAGUCAUUCAGGCAGAUGACAUUGAAUGUCACCUAGUCAUGUGUAUUACUAAACCUAAAAUCAGCUACAAUGAUGACAUUUUACUUGAGGACCGCGGCGAAUGCCCAAUAUGUUUGGAUGACAUGAGUCAGGGUGACCACAUAGCUCGACUUCCUUGUCUAUGCGUUUACCAUAAAAAGUGCAUUGAUGGCUGGUUCAAGGUCAGUAGGUCGUGCCCCGAACAUCCGGGGAGUUGA